GCCUGUAAACCCAAUAAAGAAUAAAAGAUGAAGUCCCGAAAUCGCCUCCAAACAUUGCCAUUUUUGUUGACAACGUGCGAGCAGACGGCGGCCACAGGGAGGCGGCGCCCACACCCCGGAGCAGGCCCACCACGACCCAGACACCAUGAAUAUCCGCUGUGCCAAGCCUGAGGACCUGAUGCAUAUGCAGCACUGCAAUUUGCUCUGUCUGCCUGAAAACUACCAGAUGAAAUACUACCUUUAUCAUGGUCUGUCAUGGCCACAGCUCUCUUAUGUUGCUGAGGAUGACAUGGGCCAGGUGGUGGGAUAUGUCCUUGCCAAAAUGGAGGAGGAGAGCGAGGAAGAUCCACAUGGACACAUUACAUCAUUGGCAGUAAGAAGGAGUCACAGACGAUUAGGCCUUGCUCAGAAACUCAUGGACCAGACUGCAAGAGCAAUGGUUGAGUGCUUCAAUGCCAAAUAUGUCUCUCUUCAUGUUCGAAAGUCCAACCGAGCAGCUCUGAACCUAUACACCAAUACUCUCAAGUUCACGAUUUCAGAAAUUGAACCCAAAUAUUAUGCAGAUGGCGAGGAUGCAUUUGCCAUGAAGAGGGACCUUUGUUCAUUUGCUCUUCAAAAUGAUGUCAGUCCAGCAGACCCAAGCACAUUCUUCGAUAAUAAAAAGAAUGAAGAAAAGGAUAAAUAAAACCUGUAUAUAUUAUCUUCAUGCUUUUCUCAAAAUACAUAUGAAAAUUUGGAAUAAAAUGAUAAGUUUUAAUAA